CCAGCCCAGCCUUCGUCGUCAUGAGAAAAUGAAACUCACCAGCUCUGCAGAGCCGGAGUCCCAGCUGUCGAGUAAACGCUCUUUUGUGGUCUCGAUCCGGUUCAAAGGCCCCCAGUCCUGGUUUUUAGGAAGAGGAGGAUGAAUAAAGACAAGAGCCAGGUCAUGGAGGAAGAUUUCCAAUUCCUGCUGUGUGAGAAAUGCCAGGGAGAAGCCAAGAACCCCAAGCUCCUUCCCUGCCUUCAUACCUUUUGCCUGGAAUGCUUGGAAGAGAACAAACCCAUCAGCCAAUGCCCCAUUUGCAGGAUUUCCAUCCAAAGGGCCAGUGGGGUCUCUUUCCAAGACAACGUGCUCUUUGCUCACCUGCAGGCCAAGCUAAACACCUACCAGAAGAUCACCACCGGCCAAGACCUGGUGUGCGAUCGUUGCCGAGGCGCAGCGGAGUUUUGGUGUUCUGAGUGCGAGGAGUUCCUCUGCAAGAGCUGUUACGAAGCCCACCAGUGGUACUUGAAGCAGAAGAGCCACGAGGCCCAAAAGCUGAGCGAUUUGCAGAAUGAUACCGCCCAGAGUUUCCUGGAGGGGGCAAGGAAAUCCAGCCACCUCUUCUGUUCUGAGCCUGCCCACAACAGCCAGCUUGUAAGUAUCUACUGCAGAGGAUGCCGCAAACCGUUGUGUUGUUCCUGCGCCCUUCUUGACAGUGAGCACUACAAUGCCAAGCUCUACAGCAACAUCCAUGUGGAAAUCAAAAACCGGAAGGAGGAGCUGGGAAGGAUGAAGGAGGACCUGGGGGAGAAGAGGAAGAGCUAUGAGAAUGCCCGCUGCUCCAUCCACGAAAGGCUGCAGCAGUUGGAGAAGGUACGCAACGAAACCCGAGACCAGAUCCAGGCCCAAGUGGAAGAGAUGAUCCAGUGGAUCCAAAAGAAGGGGGAAGACCUUAUGGAGAAGGUGGACCAGCAGCUCUGCCAGGAGCGCGGAGACGUCGAGAGGAAGUUGCAGAACACGGAGCGCAUUGUCAGGAGGAUGGAGGCCAGCGAACGGCUGGUGGAGAAGAUGAAUCUCUUUGCAUCGGACCAAGAAGUGAUGGACAUGCAGCCCUUCAUCAAGGAGUCUCUGGAGGAGCUCAGGAAGGAGAAGCUGCCAGCGGUGGGGUUUUGGGUCCAAACGGAAAACUUUGCAGAGGUCAAGAGUGAGCUCCAAGCUCUCUAUAAGCGAGUGAAAGGAGACAACGAUGCAGUUUGUUGUACAGUGUCUUCUGCUUUUUCUCUUGCUCCAGUGGUCAAUUCGGAAGUUGUGCCUGAGGAGAAAAGCCAGCCAAGCCCUCAAGACACGCAGGUGAUUUCUCCCAGCUAUAAGAUCAGACUUAAAAAGACAGCUCAUGGAUUUGUCCCAUCAAUCAUCUCCCCGGUAAAGCGACCAGUGAGCCAGACGGAAAAAUCAGUCCAGGCCUCCCCCAAGAUAAUGAAGGUUGAAGACCGUGACUGUGAGGCUGGGGAAACCUCCAGCAGGCACAUCCAGGAGCUUCCUAGGAGCUCACAGCCUCUUCCUUCCCAAACAUCAACCCCAGAGAAAGAGCAGAGAGGAUUCGUCAAUUCUGUCGAGGUCCUAGAGCAUUCUCCUUCUGAGAAUGCUGAAACAGAGCCUGCCAGCAUUUUGAUCAGUAGCUCUGAUGAAACUGAAGAUGAGGUUAUGUGAUUAUCUCCUCCUUCUAGAAGGCAUCCCAGCUAUCUGAGCUUGACAGCAAUAGGACAGAGAAGGGCUGCUCUCCAAGGUCUGCUUUUGUGCCUCGCCUCUUCCAGGAAUCGCAUCGCUUAACAAGAUGGUGACAUCUGUGCCGCCAUCUUCUUGCUUGCUGUUUUUCUACUCCGUGGAGAAUGUGUUUUUUAUAGCCAUUUUGCACACAACCAUUUUAUCCAGAUGUUUGUCCAAGUGGAAGAUUCUACUUGAAUUGUGUGUUCUUUCUCCCUUGGCCCGCUUGUAAUUGCGUACUGGGCCGGUAACAUAAGUGCCAUUAGGUGUUGCAGUUGUACUGUCUCAUGGAUACUGGCUAUCUGCCAGAUGCAGUAACAGAAAGGGCUUCUACAGAUUGGUGGAUUUCAGAAUCAGGUUGGUCUCCAAAAUGUAAACAUCUCUUUUCCCAGUUGGUGACUGGUUUUGCAAUCAACUGGAGUCCACAAGGACAACCCACAGCUUCACAACACCAUUUUUGUGCCUCCCUCACUGCAGCCCCACCAUGCCCUCCCUACCAAUUUUUCUGGCAAUUAAAUCGAAUUUAAGAGGGGGUCAGAGGAGCCACAGAGUUCUAACCCUGCCAUGACUAUUUAAAAAAAACACCUCAUAGUGGACUACCAGAAGUAUUUUGGAUUUUGGAUUAUUUUCUCCAGAUUUUGGAUUAUUUGCAUACAGCCAGACCUUUAUAUCCUUGUGGGAUCCGUUCCAGACCUGCCCUCAUGGAUAUGAAUAAAUGCAGGAUCUCAAGUCUUGUUGUCACAGAUGGCGGCGUGACAAGCGCACGGCUGCUAGUGCAGCUGUGUGCAUGCACCACCAUUUGGGACAAUGAGGCUUGCCAUUCACAGAGGCUCAGAUCUGUGGAUGGUGAGCCCUUGAAUAGCAAGGUCCAAUUGUAUACAUAAAGAGAUACCUUGGAGAUGGGACUCAAGUCUAAACAUAAAGUUCAUUUAUGUCUCAUACACACCGUACAAACAUAGCCUAAAGGUAAUUUUAUGCAUAUUUUAAAAAAUAGUUUUGUGCUACAGAAUUAUACAAUUGCAUAAUUUCAUAUUAUACAAUUAUAACACUUUGAUUCCAAUUUUAACUUGCAUGUCUCAUGGCUGCAGCCUAUGGAUUCUUGGGAUGUCUUGUUUGGAAAAAUACUAGAGCUCCUUGGCGAAGAGGUGUAAAUACCUCAUGAAGCUACAGUUCCCAGAAUUCCAUAGUAUGGAACCAUCACAAUUAAAGUAGAAUCAGAGUGCUAUAAUUAAGCAGUGUGACUGGGUCCCUGCUUGAUUCUAGUUUCACUUUUUCCAGUUUUGGAAGUGCAUUUCUGUACCAGGCAUGGUCUUGGAACAGUUCACUGAGGUUGAAAUUUGGACCCUGGACAGUAAAAGGUUACCCACCCUAGAUACAUAAUUGACUGUACAGCAUUAUGGGUUAUUCUUCCUAAAUGGGAUGAUGUUACUCUCCCGACUUUUGUUUUAUUUGACAACUGGUAGGACCAAUAGCAGGUGGAAGUCUUAAAAGAGCUAAAUUGGCCUUGCCUUGUCUCAUAUUUUUUAACAAUAAUAUGUAAUAGCUAUAGCUAUUCCUUUGUAAGGAAAUAAUAACACAGACAUUUUCUAAAGUGA